AUGUCUUCGUCAGAGCCCGGAAUUCAGAACGCAACUAUGACAGAGCCAGCUCUGUUUGUGUCGCAGGACGAUGGAGAUGAUGUGAGCCCGGAGAGCCGUGAAACAAGGUCGGCGGCAGGAACUGAAGCCACCAUAACUUCGUCAUCUGGCACUAUGGCCAUCAGCAAGAGUGUGGGAGCGACGGUUAAGAAAAUCGAGUCGAAGGAGGGCAGCAAGCGCGAGUGUGACGCUGGUGAUGGCAAUGGCGAUGCCGAUGCGAAGUGGUAUCGGAACUGGGGGGCCGGAGUUCGACAGCCAAAGCCCAAGAUUGAAAAAGACGCCAUGAUCAUGGGCAAAAAAGCCACCUCAUACACGAUCCCGGAGAUGAGACGCAUUCUGCAACAUUUUGGGCUUGCAGCUGCCAUUCCUAUUCAUCCUAGGAAGGAUGACCUCCUCCAGACGUUGGUGGAACUCGAAGCUGAGAAAGAAAUCUCGGCAGAAGACCGCCGCUGGAUCCUCCGUCAACCCUUAGGUCCUGGAGGCACGCUGUUCCAAAACCUCGAUACCAAUGGAAAGCCUACGAUUGAUUCGUACCCAUACAAGCAUGCUCCCAAGAAAAGGGGCAAGGCCUCGAACAAGUCCAAGCCGAAAGCUCCGCCGAAUAAGGUCGUGAAGCCGCAUCAGUAUUCUGGAUCAAAAUCCAUGCCUCCUUCCGGACAGUCUUACGCCGCCUACUCGUCUAUAUCCCCUAGCAAGCCAUCUGGAUACAUGUCCAAGGCUGAGGGUAAGCAGCCUGCCAAGUCAGAACCGAUGGGGUGGUCGGCAGAACAGGGCAUGAUCAUGUCUAUGAGCAUGACCGUGGAAAACAGCAAGAAAGUCAAGAGACUUGAGCAAGAGCUGGCCGAACUGAAGCACAAUAUCGAAGCAGAAUCGUCCACUGGAGUCAACGCUGCCACCGGCAUCGAAGACGUUCUUGGCAAUGAGAGUCGGGAAAGAUCCCACUCGCCAGACCUAGAGGAGGAGCAUUCGGAGUACUCAAGCUCUCCGCAUCUCGCGCCCCGAGCGCAUCUUCCCAAGAUGCUUGAAGUUAGCGACUCAGACUCUGACGGAGACUCUGAAGACGAGUAG